AUGCCAACCAUAUCCUCCGCUCCUCUCGACCAAGCCUCUCCUCCUUCCCCCUCCCUCCUUCAUUACCCUCAACCUCCCCGAUCCUCUGCCGUUCCCAUCCCAGUCUCUACCUCCCCGGCUGAAGCUCGCCCUCGCACGCUGUCCGCAGCCUCAUUCCACCACCACUCCGCACCCUCGGUUGUCGCCCCCUCCCAACCCGCCACCACCACCUAUUCCUCCAACAACUCCAACUCCUUCACUACCACCACCCCGUCCAGCUUCACCGGCUCGGUCAUUGGAUCCAUCUCGCGUCGCAAUCGCCGUUCGUUCGCUGCGCUAGCCCGUGAGAAGACCUCCAACGCUCUUGCCAAUCUCUCCGCCAUUGGUGCCCCGAGCUACCCCCUCCGCUCCUCUGCCUCGUCCGGAAGCCUGUCCAAGCACUCGCGCAAGGCCUCGCAGAUCAGCAUCAGCGAACUGCCAGGUGCCGCCACGCCCUUGACUCCGCCAUUGUCCGACGGCAGCGCCAGCAGUGACCACUCGCCCAUCGACUCCGCCACCCACCGUUCGGCCGUGAUCGAACCGCAGGCGAGUUUUGUUGACAGGCGCCGUCAGACUAUCCAGCGUGCCCCGUCCCCACUUGAGCAGUUGCCGGAAUUUGAAUCGCCCGCACCACCCGCCAAGAUGCAUCAAACAUCCUCGCGGUUGCUGCGUAUGACGGAGGAUGAUCGUCCUUUCACAAAGGACUUCAUGGACCUGUUUUCGACGUUGAUGGUCAGCUUGAAGUUGGAUUCGCACCGCGUACGGUUUACGAAAUAUGACCACUCAUUCACAUCGGAAGAAGCCAUCAACAACCUGGGCUCCCUCAAGUUCUCCCAAUCGAAUCGCAUGCCCGACCCGAAAGACCCCUCCCGCAUUGUCACGACCACCACGACCACCACGUUCUCCAUGGCAAAGGAAAUGGCUCGCUCGGUAUGCCAGCGGUUUGUCGACGCCCGCUUUAUCGAGUCAGUGGACGGCAAGGCGUCGCAAAUAUUUCCGUUGAAGGGCGCGUUGUACCAGCUCACCCCGAAGGGCAUCAACAUCUUGCAACGAUUCUGCCAGCGGAACGGGAUCACCGCUCGCCAUGUGAUUGACGUUUUGGAGUCGCCCCGCAACACAAUGCAGCUGGUCAACCUGGAGCGCGAUACCGAGACCGACAAGCUGUCACACGACAGAGCGACCAUUGAGGUCAUCUUUCGCCGGUUCGCGGGGCAGGACGGACCGAACAUCAAGAGCAGCAUUUCCACCUCCGAUUCGGAUUCUCUGAGUGAUUACUCGAACGGCUUGGUCGGUGUGAAGAUGGCGAGGGAGCGCAAGAUCAACGAGAAGAUUGUCUCCCACACGUUUACAGGCAAGGCGGCGGUGGAUUGGCUGAUGGACUGUUCGACCACCAUCGAGCGCCGCGAGACUGUUCUCAUUGCCGAGCUCUUCGUCAAAUACGGCCUAAUCAUGAUGCUGCAGGAAGACCGGUUUAUCAACCAACCAGACGACUCGAUAGUCGUGUUCCAGCCCUCCAAGAACGCGAUCUACGGAAUGACGGACCGGGGCCAGAGGGUAUGUGGGUGGAUUGCACGGGACAAGUCUCGUGAAACUACGAUGUACGACAGUCGGGGGAUCCCGAAAGACUCGAACAAUGCUCGUCUGAACCACAUCCUGCACGACCCGGCUCUGCGCCUUCUGUUCCGCGAGUUCCUCCGCUUCUCGCUGUGCGAGGAGAACCUGUCAUUCUACCUCGAUGUGUCCGAGUUCACCUCGGCCUAUCACAAGGCGGAGAAGCUGGGCACGUUCCGGAAGCCGGAUUCGGUUCGCGAGACCCUGGCUGCGGCGUACGGUCUCUACAACGCGUUCUUGGCGCCUGGAUCGCCUUGCGAGCUUAACAUUGACCACGCCCUGCGGAACAGUCUGGCGAGCCGGAUGACCAAGGCCGUGGGUGAUGAUGAGUCGAUGCUGAAGAGCCUGCAGGAGGUGGUGCAUCUGUUCGAGAUGGCCCAGACUUCGGUGUUCAAGUUGAUGUCAAGUGACUCCGUGCCCAAAUUCUUGCGCGACCCCAAGUGUGCAAGCAUCCUCCAAGAACACGAUGUGGACCUGAUUGGUGCCCCGAGGCCCUACUCGCCUACGACGGUGCCAGUCCCGGAGCGUUCGGCGAGCCGCUCAGCACGGUCAUGA